GAGGGUAGCUGCGGAGAGGGAGAGUAGAGGACAAAGCCGGAGAGGCAGACGGAGGGCAGGACUUGCAGAGCCUCGCGGCUGCUGCCUUAGGGGUUGUCCCGGCUGUGGGGAAGUCAUAGAGGAGUUUAAAGCCGGAAGGUGGUGACUAAUCAGAUUUCACUUGAAAAUGGCACGGUGUCUGCAGUGAGGUGAACUGAUAGGAAGGGCCCAGCGAACGCCAAUAGGAGAGAGCACCGGACCUGAAAGACCUGGGUCAACGCUGCCCCGCGCGGGGGCGAGGCGGUUCCGGCGGAGAGCCUAGCGCGCGGCUCCGCGGAAAACCGAACCGGCCCACGUGGGCCCGGCCGCUCCGCCCCGCCCCGCCGCGCAGACGCUGCCUGACUCCGCAGUCCGGGCCUCUGGCUGGGCGCGCUGCCCGGGAGCCCCGCACCCACGCUUGGACCGCGGAGACGCCCAGGCCGAGGAACCCCCAGCUCGGGGACCAGACACCACCAGGGCCGGGCGGAGCCAGAGCCAGACGCGCCGGAGCGGGCGCCUCUAGGCCGGUUGGAUAGCAGUUAGACCUGGGCUGAAGACAGAUCCGAGAGUCAUCAGCAUAUGAUGGUCCUUGAAGCUACAGCAGAGAAUGAGGUCCUCUGGAGAGAAAUGUGCAAAAUCAGAAGACAGCCUGGCUCUGAGGACUGAGGAAAACCCUCUGCAGGAGACUGAGAAUGAACAGACCAGAUGUUCGCCAUCCAGCCAGGGCUAGCUGAGGGGGGCCAAUUCCUGGGGGACCCACCUCCUGGAGUAUGUCAGCCCGAGCUCCAACCAGACAACAACUCCAACUUCAUGGCAAGUGCCAAGGAUGCUAAUGAGAAUUGGCAUGGGAUGCCAGGCAGAGUGGAACCUAUCCUGAGGAGGAGCUCCUCUGAGUUGCCCUCUGACAACCAGGCCUUCCAGGCCCCUGGAUCCCCUGAGGAAGGGGUGCGCAGCCCCCCAGAGGGGGCAGAGAUUCCCGGGGCUGAGCCUGAGAAGAUGGGUGGUGCUGGCACAGUCUGCUCCCCUCUGGAGGACAAUGGCUAUGCCAGCAGUUCCCUGAGUAUCAACAGCCCUAGCAGCAGUCCUGAGCCUGCCUGUGGGACCCCGCGAGGCCUUGGCCCUCCUGAUCCCCUUCUGCCCUCAGUGGCCCAGGCUGUGCAGCACUUACAAGCCCAGGAGCGCUACAAAGAGCAGGAGAAAGAAAAGCACCACGUGCACUUGGUGAUGUACCGUCGCCUGGCACUGCUCCAGUGGAUCCGGGGCCUGCAGCAUCAGUUGAUUGACCAGCAGGCCCGACUACAGGAGAGCUUCGACACCAUCCUAGACAACCGGAAAGAGCUCAUUCGCUGUCUCCAGCAGAGGGCAGCACCAUCCAGGCCCCAGGACCAGGGCUAAGGGUGUGUCUCCACAAGUGUGCAAGGGUGUAUGUGUAUAUUUGCAGGCAUGUGUGAGGUUGUGCACUAGUAAGUACAUAAUUAUUUGCUGGCAUGAUUGCAGGUAGGCAUGAGUGUGUAUGUGCUAACAUGUAGGCUGGUGUGUAUAGGAAUGUGUGAAUAAACAUGUAUAAAUGAGCUUAAGUGUGCUGUGUGCACAUGUGCACACACAAGCUAAUUUAUCUGCAGACCUAUAUGUGAGCAUGUAAGAGUGAACAUGUGUGUGUGUAGUAUGUAAGAAGACUGAGGAAAUCUGUAUGUACGUGUGUAGACAGGUACCCAGCAGUGUGUGUAUAUGCGCAUGAGUGAGGAUGUAUAUGCAGAAGAUGUGUGUGUCUAUGAGUGAGUUUGAGUGUGCAGGCUUGUGUUGGGUGUAUGUGAGGGAGCCCUUGUGUGUGCAGGGGUGCCCGUGUGUGGCUGCAGGCAUGGGAGGUGUAUGUUAGGAGCAUGUGUGUUUGCAGGCAGACUCAUGAGCAGGUGUGUGCAAAUACAUAUCCAGCUGCACUGUGGGGUAUCCACCCACACCUUGUGUUCCUCAUGGCCUACCGCAGCGUUUCUUCUCCACUGGGUCCCACUGUUCCCUGGAGACAAAGGGCUAGUGUGCUAUCAUUUAUCUGAGGGUUGUGGCUGACCCAUUCUCCUGGGAUUCCCAGGCCACCUCUCCUUUCCUUUCCCUCACUUAACCCAGACUUGCUCAGCUGAGGCUAUCGUCCAUGAUGUUGGCUUUGCUUAUAGGAGGUUUAGUGGCUGCUCUGGCCUGCCAUGGCAUUUUGGCUGCAAUUUUGUCUGGCAGUGGGUGGAGAACUGGUAUCAGGAAGGGGAACCAGGAGUAGUGAUGGAGAUGAUGGUGGGGGUGGGGACAGAGAAGGACAUAGGGGACUGUCCCUCUUGAACUCUGCCUUUGGGCACAUGGGAGAUGGGGACAGGGGAGAUGACAAUAGUGGAACCCUGUGAAGAAUAGGAGAAUGGGAAUUCUAAAAUACCAAUUCCCAAACAAACCAUCUCUCCACUGGGAAAGGAGCUGUUGCAAACCCUGUUGAUUUAAGCUUCUGAUGAAAAGCAAUGUAUGUUAAUAAGCCUGCAAGGAACAGACAAGAUGUUCCAAAGCUGAUGAGGAAAAUAUCACUUCCCUGUCUCUGCCUCUACCUUGCUGUGCCUCUCUGGCUUUAGAAGCAUUGGAUGUCGAAUUGGUUUGGUUCAUUUCUCUGAAGUCGGACUGUCAGGAGGAGCCAGAGGUUGGCUUUCUGGGAUGGGAAGGGGGCAGUGUCAGCCUAAGCCUCUGGAAAUGCUUAGGAUGCUGAAUUUUAACCCCUUCUUUCACUGCAUGGCCCUUCAAACAGGGAUUGGCAGGCUCCAUGAGUUACAGAGUGGGUGAGCCUUGGAAAGAACCAACGACUAAGGUAGCUGAGCUCUCUUGUUCCUGGGAGCCAAGAGAAUGCAAGAUCCUGGUGGGUGAGCAUUGGUAUGAAGAGGGAACACUGGUUGGUGAACACUGGCAUGGAAGUCACUGAUGCAGCCUCUGGCCCUCAGUUUUCCUAUCGGCAAACUGGGGGGCUCUUCCUGUCUAUCUCUAAAGAGUUUCAUCCCUGACAGGUGGAUGAGUGAAAGAUCCAGGGAGUGGGGGUGAGGGGUGGGCCCUGAAGACUUUUUGUCUGUAGCUCUUGCAUAUUGAGUGUGUAAACCCGGCCUUUGGACCAACGCAAGAUGAAUAAACUGGGGCAGAGAAUUAAA